UCCAUAAAAAAGAAGGUAGAUAAAGGAUAAAUUUGGCAUGGGAGAGAUCAAUACAUUGAUUGUUGAGGGUACUUUUGCUUAUAAGUUAGAAGAAAUUGCAAGUUUUAUUGAUACGUUGAAUGAAGAAACAGGAAAAGACUCUCUUGUAUCAGAGCUUGAAGGUAUUUCUGUAGAAGAGAAUAAGGAUUUGUGUUUAGAGAUAUUGGUUAAUGAAAGCCAUGUGUUAUCAAGAUGUAACGAGAAAGACUACAGAGCAGCAUGGAAUUUGUUUAUAUAUUUGAUUCAGGAGUCGUCGUCAAUUGAAAGAUUGCUUCCUAAAGUAUUAUCUAAUUUGGUUAUACCUAAUUUUCCAAAUGGGCCGUUAUAUCUUCUUAGUACAUUGUCAGUACUCUUCAAUACUUUGCCCUCAAAUUCUAUCCUGAAAUAUGAUGUUUUUUGUGUAAUUCUUAGAGUAGCAAAUGAACAAAAACUAUUUGAUUUUAUUUUAUCGCAAAUUAAAGAUAUUUCAGAGUGGCUUACAGAAUGGGGAGUUGAUAAUAAUGCAAAAAGGGAUUUAUUUCUUGUUAUUUCUGGAUAUGCUUUGGAAUAUGACAAAAAAAUUUCAUUGGAUUUUAUUAUUAAAGCUUUAUGGACCUAUUCUCCUUUGGAAAUGGCAUCUGCUAGUGAUUUAGCGAGACAAGCUAUUAUUUCGUCAAUUUCGCAUCCAAAACAAUAUCAAUUCGAUGAUAUUGCAGCUAUUGAUGCUGUACAAUUUCUCAAAAAUAUUAAUGAUCCUUCUUUUUAUUUGUUAGAGAUUUUUAUGGUUGGGACUUUAAAGGAUUAUCUUUCUUUUCUUAAUACACAUCGACAAUGGGUAGAAAAUAGCGGACUUGAUCAGGAUGUUGCGUUGAAGAAAAUUCAUCAUCUAACUCUGAUUUCUUUAGCAGCGUCUUCUUCUUCAAGAGUGCUUUCAUAUUCUGAGAUAGCAAAUGUACUAAAUAUUGAUAUUUCUGAAGUAGAAAUGUAUGUGAUCGAUACAAUUCGCAUGGGUCUUCUAGAGGGUAGAUUGUCUCAAUUAUCAAAGACAUUUUUAAUUCAUCGAAAUACAUAUAGGGUUUUGGGUAAAGAACAAUGGAUGGAUUUAAAAUCAAAACUCAAUGCUUGGGAAAGUAAUUUAGAAGGGAUUUUAAAAGUGAUUAAGCAAAAUAAAACAAAAGUUAGCGCAAAUGAAGAUGAAUUAGCUUAUCUUUCAUCAUCUGUCGGAAUAGAAGUAUAA